UACCAGUUACAGAAGGAGAUAAAUGAACUUGUUCAAGGUACUCUAGACAUUACUAAGUACUACACAACAAUGAAAAAGCUGUGGGAGGAGAUGAGCACAGUUGACAUUAAUUCUCAAUGCACAUGUGUGUGUUCUUGUGGAGGUAAAACAAAGCUGCAAAAGGCUGAGCAAGACAGAAGGUUGAUACAUUUUUUGAUGGGGUUAAAUGAAAUGUAUACUACUGUUAGAGGUAGUAUUCUCAUGAUGAACACUCUUCCUAGUAUGGCUCAAGCUUUUGCUAUACUGUGCCAAGAAGAAAAGCAAAGAGAAGUAAAGCCUCAUAAUCAUACAGCCUUGGAUUCUACUUCUCUCAAUGCUUAUGGACAGUACAAUAACAAUGCAGGUUACAAAGGAUUCAGAACAGAUUAUAGUUCAUCUAAAGGGGCUGGAUCCAGUUCUGGUAACAAUAUGUCUAGAGGGAAUUCAAGUAUCAACAGGUCUAUUUUAGUAUGUGAUUAUUGCAAGAAAUCAGGACACACGAGAGAUAGAUGUUAUAAACUCCAUGGAUAUCCAUCCAAUCCAAAGUUUCAAAAGGGAAAAAGAACAAGUACUGCAGCAAAUGUGUGUCCUUCUAAUAUGAGUGAACAACAAUCUGAGGAAGAGCCUCAAAUGGGAAAGCAAAUGCCAAUAAGCCUGUCCAAAGAUCAGUAUGAACAAUUACUCAACAUAUUGGGAAAUAUACAAGCUGGAAAUGGAGGUUUCAAUUCUGAUGAUUCAAACAACAUGAUGAAUGGGGCUGUGAAUUUUGCAGGUAUACUUGCUUGUUAUUCCUCUAUAAAAGACAUAGGUGAUCUUUCUUGUGAAUGUGUUAAGCUAACUGCUGGCUCUUGGAUAAUAGAUUCAGGAGCAUCACAUCAUAUGACUUAUGAUAGAACCACUCUCACAAAUAUUAGAACACUUCCAUAUCCUUUCUUAAUAUCACUUCCAAAUGGUUACAAGGUUAAAGUGACUCAAGUUGGUGAUGCUUGUUUAAAUCCAGUGUUAACUCUAAGCAAAGUGCUAUUUGUACCCAGCUUCAAGUUUAAUCUCAUUUCUGUUCAUUGUUUAGCACUACAACUUAAUGGAGUCAUCAGUUUUGAUAAAUCUUCUUGUUUAUUGCAGGGCCCUUCUCUGAAGAGCCCUCUGGAGCUUGGUAAGGCCAAGAAUGGCCUAUAUUUCUUGUGUCAAAAGUGUCACAACUGCUGA